AUGAAUUCUCACACAUACAUCGGGUUAUACUUUUCACUGAUCUUUCUAUUCCUAUACAAAGCCGUAGGCUACGAAUCACUUAAUACCACCAUAGGGUUUGCAUCACAACCAUUGGAUAGUUCCAAUUUCGAUAUCCAAAAGCCUUACGAUGUCCCGGUCAGUAGUCGAUACAAAUUUUCUAAUGGAGUCCACAAGCUUUGGGUGAUGAAGUCGGACAAACCUCACUCAAAAGGAAGCAAAACCAGCCCUCGUACUGAGAUUCGAAUUCAAGGUUAUGAUUAUUCCUCGGGUGUAUGGCAAUUCGAAGCUCAAGGAUAUGUGCCACGUGGGACGAAUGGUGUGUGCAUAAUGCAAAUAUUUGGGUCGAAACCACCAACUGCGACAACUACAAUGCUUAUAGUAUCCAAUAGUAAUCUUAACUAUUACACCAACAGCGGCAUUAUUCUUUCUAAUGUAUACAACAAGUGGUUUCGCUUGAACGUUAUACACGACGUGAAAGGCAACACUGUCAAAGUUUACAUAGAUGGGGUUCUUAAACACCAAGGCCCCGGACGUGGCGGAACUUCUCAUUACUUCAAGUGUGGAGUUUACUCAGGAGUGGGCGCUUCCGAUUAUAUGGAAUCUCGUUGGAAAGAUAUCAAAAUCUUCAAAUUGAUCGAAUGA